UAUCCCCAAUCAUCUACACGCAUGCAGCUUCGCUUCCUUUCUGUCACGUGAGUGCAGCACGUGGUCUGCCUUGGCAUUACUGGAGUGCUCCUUCCAUUCUUGAUCGAACAUCAUCAAUACACGUCUUGAGCCAGAUGUCCUACCACAAAACUUUGUCUCCCUGGUAUACUGCUUGCAUCCGACACUACCUCCCAGCAUCGUGGUCAACAAGCGAGAAUAUGGCACAUACCCAUUCCAAAUCGUACGACCAAAGCAACCCGACCGAAAGGUCACCUUUAUUGGGAAACGCGAGAGAAAACAGGCAUGAAAACUACGAUUCUGUGACUGAGGAAUCGUCCACCGAGACGAUUGAGCGGGAAGGACCUCCAACCUCGCGCCGGAUCAUCAUUCUCGGGAGUAUAUGGGUGGGCUGCUUCCUAAAUGCCAUCGAUACGACUAUCAUAGCAAGUUUGGCGGUUCCGAUUUCAAACGAUUUCGGAUCUUUUGAGCUCCUGUCAUGGCUUGCUACCGCGUUCAUGAUCGGCCAAACGGCUCUCGCGCCUCUCAGUGGCCGAUUGACAGACAUAUUUGGCCGCAGGUCUGGUCUGGUUCUUUCCAACAUAGCGUUUGGACUAGGCACUCUGAUGUGUGGUUUGGCCACUGACGUCUGGGUCAUCAUUCUGGGGCGUGCCAUAGCAGGCAUUGGGGGAGGUGGUCUAAAUUCCAUUUCUGCCUUCAUCACCACAGACCUCAUUCCAUUACGUCAACGUGGACUCUGGCAAGGCGUGAGCAACCUCUUAUGGGGUGUUGGUGCAGGCCUGGGAGGGUUUUAUGGGGGCUGGAUACAUGAUAGUAUCGGCUGGCGCUGGGCAUUUCUCAUUCAAGUACCGUUGAUUUUCAUAUCUAUGGUACUUGUGAUGUUGACCGUGCCAGCUACUCCUAGUGAUCCUGACGACAAGCCUAAGCUUAAACGCAUUGACUUUCUCGGCUCGUUCAUACUUGUUACCCUUCUCGUUCUACUUCUUCUCGGUCUCGCCUGCGGUGGCAACCUGUUACCCUGGUCGCACCCAUUCGUUCUAGCAAGUCUCUCGUGUGCUCUUGCUCUCCUGCCCCUCUUCGUCUACGUGGAGACACAUUUCGCCUCCGAACCCAUAAUCUCCAUUCCGCUUCUAUUGAAUCGAACCGUCGCCGGCGCUUGUCUGACGAACCUGUUUGACACAAUGAUCGAAUACGUUCUGCACUUUUAUGGACCGAUUUUCUUCCAGACUCUGGGCUUUAGUGCAACUCGUGCUGGCACCAUUCUGAUUCCACAGGCCGUGGGGGUUGCGAUGGGAUCUAUCAUUACAGGAUACACCAUGAAGCGAACAGGUCGCUACUGGUGGCUCAAUAUAUUACUCGAGACAACAAAAUUAGCGUCUGCAGUCAUGCUGAUGUUACUGGCUUCAAGAACAGGUCCACUUUGGCCUGUAUACAUCUGCUAUUUUGUUGCUGGAUAUUGUUUCGCUGGCAUGCUAACAACAUGCCUGGUGGGCCUCGUUUCUGCGGUAGAUCAUAAGGAUCAGGCGCUAGUGACAUCUGCGUCUUACACAUUUCGCUACAUGGGGAGCGCGCUCGGUGUCAGCGUCUCCAGUGCAGUAUUCCAGAACGUGCUGAACCGCGAACUUUGGCGACGGUUUGCUGGCAACACUGAUGCUAAAACCAUCAUUGAAUCAGUCCGCAGUAAGAUGGAGAACAUUCAAGACCUUCCUGACAGGUGGGCCGAAGCAGUUCUCGAUAGCUACAUGAGCGCUGUGACCGGCGUUUGGGGUGCUGUCGUGGUCAUCUCUGUUCUUGCAUUGGGAACGUGCUUCUUGAUGCGCGAGCAUGAGCUACCUUCUACACUCCGCCGGAAGUGA